AUGCAAUUAACGAAAAUAAAUAUACAAAAGAAUUUAAAAUUAUCAAAGAGUGUCUUUGAAGAAAACAUAUUUUUAAUAAAGAAAGAUUUUCGUAAAACUCCACAAUUAACAACCAAAAAUUCUUUAUCACAGAGAAAAGACAUUCCUAAUGAUCCAGAAUCACAGUUAAUAAAAAGAACUGUCCAAAAUGACACUUUUCUGAAGAAUCUUAUUUCUUUAGCUGAAAAAAAAGAGAAAGAUAUUCCUGUAAUUCCACAAUCACAGUUAAUAGAAAGAGGCAUCUCAGGAAAUCUUUUGUUGGGCCCUUAUUCUCCUGAUAGGAAAGUCAUAUUUUUAGCUAAGCAAGAUGUUUCUUUUUCUAAAGAAGGACAAGACAUUUCUGAAAAAAAUGUAUUAUCGCAAUUAACGAAAAACAUUGUCCAGAAUAAUUUUUCUUGGUCGGAAAAACUUUUUUUUCGAAAUGAAAGAUAUAUUUAUUCAAUUAAGGAAAAGGAAAAGCUAUUACAAUUAACAAGAAGAAGAACUAUCCAGAACAAUUUUUUAUUGAAAAGAAAACUGUUAAUUAUUACUGAUGAUCAAGCAGCAUCCAUCCCUUCUUUAAGACUUGAACAAAUUAGGAGUGAUUCAAUACGUCUCCCUUAUCAAUCUGUCGUUUAUAGACGCUAUCCUCCAAAGGAUAUUCAGCAGACUUUUCAGGGAUUUGGGAAGAAAGCGCGAAAAGGAAACAAUAGUGUCUACAAAGUCAAGCUAUCACCUCCACUGGAAGAGAACUGGCAGGGUCAAGAGUCAACGGGAUUCGAUAACAGCGGGUCAGCUGAUAAAUGCGAUUCGAUCGUGAAAUAUAAAUUUAUGGUUCCAAAUCACUAUGCGAAGCAUCAGUCGAUCGCGAAAACACCAGAAGAACAUAUUAAGAUCUUCAAGAUUUUUUCUUGUUUUAAACAGCUAAUAGACAUCUCCGAAAAAGUUUUACUAGUUAACUCCAUCGUGGAAUCCAUUGAAAGUGUGGUAGAAUGUUCGAAUUUUGAAAAAUAUUCCAAGAGGAACCCGAAGAAUUCGUUAACUAUCUAUAUAUACAAGGAAAAAGACUUUGGUGAAAACUUGAAAUGUCAAAUCAUCAAAGUGCAAGAGUUCGAAAAAACAUUGGAGGAAUCAAUUAUUAAGAUAAAAGAUUCUGAAGAAAUCUUGACAAAUCAAGUUACAAAAAAAGAUAUUAAACUCACCUUGAAGAUAAUAGAUAAUCUUGCAACUUCAUAUCAUCAACAAUUAAUUUAAAGAGGUUCACAAAACCCCUUUGAAUUAUUCCUUAUAAAUCAUCAAUUUGUUGCCAUUAAUUGAGCGAAAGUUAUUGGAAAGAGAAAAGGUACAUAGAACGAUCAGCAAGAGACCC